AUGGCUUCUUCGUCUUCUCAAAAUGCUUCAUCUUCUCAACAUCAACAACAACAGCAGCAACAACAAAAUGUUCUCUCGCCAUUGAAAACUUGUCUGAUUCCAAUGGAUGAAUUAGAAGUUCUUAGUGAAACAAUAGUUGAUUUUGAUAAACUUCAGGAACACAACUUCAACUUGAAGACGAACAUGUUAGUUCAAGGCUGGGCAAACUACUUUGAUCGUCUCAUUGGACCAAUUUACCCUGAUUUAGUGAAGGAAUUUUGGACUCAUGCUACCCUAACCCCAAAUGUUAUCAUCUCCUUUGUCUUAUGGCAAGAGAUUUCAAUUACUGAGAAUCUCAUAAGGAAGUUAUUGAAUUUCCAAAGUUUGGGUGGAGUAACUGGUGCUAUUCCUGGAAGAGUUGAUUGGGAGACUGUUUACCCAGAAAUCUUUACAUCUGGUAAAGGUUCACCAAACACCAAGGAUCUGAAGCCUUCAUACCGAGUUUGGGCAAAGAUCAUUCUGGGAUCUCUCAACCACAAAAAAUCAACUAUCUCUGCAACCUAUAUAAAUCAAGACCAGCAUUUCCUUCUGUACAAAAUUGGAAUGGGUAUGAGAGUUAACUUACCUCAUAUUAUGUUCCAUCAUCUGAGGACUCAUGUUAAGGAAUCAAGAGAAGAAGAACGUCUGAAAUAUCCCAAGAUCAAGAAGAACACCAUUCCUAUGGGAAGGCUGAUAUCAGACAUUCUGACAGAGAGUGGUUUGAUUGAUGCUCUGAAAGCAGCUGGCUCAGUUCAUGAUCUGACUACCAUUAUUGGAAGUACUCUGACUGCCCAUACUCUGAGGAGAAUGCAAUUAAUUGGAAAGGUCCUCUACCCUCCAAUAGUGGUCAAUGAUAUUAUGUCCAGAAGAAAUCCAAUUAUUGAUUUCCAGCAGAUCUUCAAGGAAGAACAUUCAAACUCUGUCCGCCUCUAUCUGGAGUCUUGUGUAAAAGACAAGUCAAAAUUUGAUCAAGCUGGGCUUCGUGGAAGAAUCCUUCCAUCUUUGGAUGAAUUGAUCCAACGGGAUAAGAAGAAGAAAGAAAAGAAGAAGAGAAAAACUACUGGUAUUACUAUCUCUGACUCUGUACCUGUUAAUAAUUCUGAACAAGUAUCAACAGCUAACCCUCUAUAUCUUAAAAUCCCUAGAACUUCUGAACAACUUAAGAAGUUAAUAGAAGAUAUAGUGUAG